UGUUAAGACUUAAGAUUGAAUUGAAGUCUUCAGGUACAUACUCAAAUUGCAAGGCCAAAGCAGAACAGCACAUCAACGUCUGCCAACAUUUUAAAGCCAAAUUUUGUUUGAGAUAAAGGGGGAGGUCUUGCUACAAAACAGCAAUAUAUGAACAGAAAUGGAGUUUGAAUGCCACUAUUCAAUCUGGGGACUUCUAGCCUUUAUGACUAUGGCUCUGAUUGUUUCAUUGGUCAUAAACAUUUCAUACUGCAUAGCAAACAAGCAAAAAGGUUACACGUACAGAGACUAUCAAGAAUAUAAUCCAAGCUAUGAUGAUGAUUAUACUGAAGAAUGCCCAGUUUAUGGCAACCUCAAUCAGGAGAUUUUAGAUGAAUGUUGCUAUGAACAAAUGAAGUCCCAGCCUCGGAGACAUGCUAAUGAAGUAAAGGUGGACGUUGAAAGUCAGAUGUGCUAUGCCUCCCUUAAUCACAGCAUCAAGGAAAAACACAGGAAGCCUAGGAAAAAGAAAGCUCCUUCGUUAGAAGUGAAUGAAGAAGAGAUGCCAUCUAAAAACAGCACCCUGGCUUCCCAAACUAGUAUUUAUCUUAACAGUGUCCAGCUGGCCACUGAAAAUAAACCAACAGAGGAAGCCAUUCAUGAUGACCCUAUCAGACUGUUUGGCUUGAUUCAUGCAACAUAGGAAGAGACUUCUAAAGAAGACUCCUGACCCAACUGAUCACCCAAGAUAAACUAGAUCUUUCACUUGUUUAUGUUGAGGGAAAGAGACUGAAUAAAUAAUAUCCUGAAUUUGGGAGAAUAGCUUGGUAAAUGAAACACUGAUCAAUGGUAUAAAUGGGUAAGUAAUGCAUUCAAAUUGCAGGGCAUAACUGCGGACUAAUUUAGGUCAGCAGGUAGCAGGAUUUUAGACACAGACUGCCAAUUUUUAGAGCAACCCAAAGAAGAGCUGGCCACCUUCAUAUUUAUCUAUUUUGUAAAGGAGUUACAGGAGCCAAGUAUCUCUCAGAAUUUGCCCCCAAAUUAGCAAUUAUCCUGCAUACUUUAUAGCAGGACUUUCUUCAUUUCAGUUGUCCAUGGAUCCCACUUCAAGGGAUCUAAAAUGGGCCACAUGGCCCUCUGCAGAAAGCUAGCAUAUUUUGCCAGUUAUUCUAUGUUGUUUCAGGAGUAGUUUGGGAAAUCAGAGGCACUUUAAGACUAACGUAUUUAAUAGUUAAAACUUGUUUUGCUGUUCAAUAUUUAACACUUUCCUACUGUGACCUGCAGUAAUAUUUAAGGUUAAUCAGAAAAUAAUGUAACUGCUUCAGUUCAUUUCAUUAGUGCUUUGUACAUCCAAGUUUAAUGAUAUCCCUUAUAUACUCUUAGCUUCCUAUGGUGAACAGUACCAGAAUCUCAAAUUUCUACUUUUGUACCAACAACAUUUUAUCUGUCUGUAUUCAACAGCCUAUAAAAGAAAGUGGAAAAUGAUCUGUAAAAAUAAGCCUCCUGAGGAGGACAGAAUGAUUUCUACUGGGUUUUACAUUGUCACUUUAAAAAACUAUUUUAGGAAGACUGAGGAAUAAGACUUUUCCUAACAAUUCAGUAACUGUAUGCAUACAUCAUACUUAAAACUUACAGCACAAUUUUAGUUUGAAAGCUCUUUGGGUGCAAAGACUAAUUUUAUGUAUGGCACGUUUUGCAUGCUUUGUUAAUAGUAGCAAACAAUAACACACCACUGCUGUAAUGCUGCUGCAUCUGGGUGCCAAGGCAAAGGGGUAGAUUUUUCUCAUAUGAAAAGCAUAAUGGGCUCUGGUGCCAUAGAAAAGCAGAAAGAAUUUGAUCACUCAAGGUCUCAUUUAAAAGCAACACACAAAUUAACUUGCUUUCCUAUAAACUAUUUAAUUCUAAGUGAGAUGUAGACAACUAAUGUUACAGAGGCAGAAAUAAUGCUAGUAGAGAAUCAAUAGAAAAUACAUGAAGCAUUAUAAAACAAUUCCUCAGGCUAAUGUCUCCCUGCCCGCCCCCCCCCCCCCCCCCCGCAAAAGAGAGAAAUCUGAACCUAAACACAGGGACAACAGAACAAGAAAUGCUAUCUUAAUCUGGUCACCUUAUUUACCAUAGUCAAGUGAGAUUGAAUCAAAGUAAACACUGAGCCUUAUAUCAACAAGUUCUUGACCCCACGAGCCAAAAAAAGUUUUGAACAGCAUCUCUGUUAAUGGUAGGGUGACCAGAUAUCCUGAUUUUAUAGGGACAGUCCCAAUUUUGAGGCCUUUUUCUUACAUAGGCUCUUAUUACCCCCCACCUCCUGUCCCGAUUUUUCACAUUUGCUGUCUGGUCACCCUAGUUAAUGGUGAGAUGUAAAAUAAGUAUUUCAACUAAGCUGACACAUGAAACAGAUCUAGUACCAAGCCCCUUCAAGGUGAUUAAAAGUAAGGCUUAUCUAACUAAUUAGACAAGCAAACAGCACCCAGGACAAGUAUUCAUGUUGUCACAUUUAUAUUAUAUAGGGAAUACAAAAUAAGGAAUAUAAUAUUCUCAGUGAAUACAAUUUAUGAAGCCUUUUAUCUAAAUAAAGAUCGGCCAGGGUCCAUUACUCCCUAUGUUUCUCUCAUUUUUUCAAAGGGCACUCCUACCCCACAGUACCCACUUGCUGGCUAGAUAGCUCUGCUGAGGCCUGCUUUAGUUUCCCUUUAACUCAGUCUCCCUUAAAAAGUCCAUGCAGGCCAGAUAUUCAGAACAUUCCCCCCUCCUGGGGUCCAAUUUAUUAAAACCUGCAGAAAGUCUUUCAAAAGAA